AUGCGCUUCGCCUCGAACUUCCUGACCGGAGUCUGGCAGCUGCGUGCCGUGGCAAAUGAAUCAGUCUUCGAGAACCUGGGGGGCACCCUCAUUGUGAGCAAUGCAUCGUGGAAGGACACCGUGCACAAAGCAGUGAAGGAGGGCACCCUGAGCUUUGGCUUCAGCGCAGGCGGGUGCCUCUUCCCAUACUACAUUGGAGUCUCUGGGGCCCUUCGUGAUGGGCAGAUACUCACUGCCAACACCAAGGUGGGAGGGUCCUCUGCCGGCUCGCUGCUGGCGGUGUGCCUCACCUCCGGCAUGCGGCUGGAUGACAUCACCGAGUUCAGCCUGCGACUGAUGGCCGACUGCCGGCUGCAUGGCACGCGGGGCCGGCUGGGGGAGGUGCUCGCCAGGACCCUGCACAAGCACCUGCCGGAGGAUGCUCACACCAAGGUCCAGGGCAAGGCGUAUGACCAGGCGUGGCGCCUGCGCUCGCUGGGCCUGAGGAGGAUCACGGCCUGGGACCUGCAGCAUGGUGUGGGAGCACUGCAGCAGACCACGUGCGCGAUAUGCCUGGAGGACUGGAAGCAUGCCGAGCAAAUACGCAAGGUCUGCUUGAUCGGGGUGAGCAAGGCCUUCCCCAUGCUCCAGCCCAUGCUGCUCUCGGAGUUCCAGGACAGGGAGGACCUCAUCGCCGCCCUGCUAUCCUCCUGCCACAUCCCCUACUGGCUGGACUCCAGCCUCUUCACCGAGUUCCGGGGGAUUGGCAUCAGUCCAGACACCUUCACGCCAUGGCCGCACAGCCUGGCCUCCAUGGUUUCUUGGGCCCUGGAGCCGGCCGACGAGGCGACGGUGGUGUCGCUGAUCGACAAGGGCCGGGCCGAUGCGCUGGCCUGGAUGGAGAGCAUGGAGCUGGGCAGCCAGGCCGAAAGCGCUCGCACCGAGGGCGGGGAGGUGGGGGCGGCCAAGGAGGCCGCGCGGGAGACGCCAGACGGCACGGGGGGGAGGGGCCAAGGCGGGCGGCAAAAUCCCACCCUCUGA